AGAAGGGAGUAUCCCUAUAAUAAACAGAGCUCAGAACUUGUAACAGAAAAUUAAAAUAUACUCCACUCAAGAGAAGUCUGUACUUUGCACUUAGGUUAAAGUCUCAUUUAGAUUUAAGUUUCUAAACUUUGCUUAAGAAAUUAAGUUUUCUUUGAUCUCCUCUCUUCUGAAUUGCCGAAAUCAGAUAAACCUACUUGACAAAAAUGACUUCUUGUCACGUUGCUGAAGACCCUAUAAAAAAGGUGGCUAUCUUUGGAGGAACUCAUGGGAAUGAACUAACAGGAGUAUUUCUAGUUAAGCACUGGCUGGAGAACAGCACUGAGAUUCAAAGAACAGGGCUGGAGGUAAAACCAUUUAUUACCAACCCAAGAGCAGUGAAGAAGUGCACCAGAUAUAUUGACUGUGACCUGAAUCGAGUUUUUGACCCUGAAAAUCUUGGCAAAAAAAAGUCAGAGGAUUUGCCAUAUGAAGUGAGAAGGGCUCAAGAAAUCAAUCAUUUAUUUGGUCCAAAAGAUAGUGAAGAUUCCUAUGACAUUAUUUUUGACCUUCACAACACUACUUCUAACAUGGGGUGCACUCUUAUUCUUGAAGAUUCCAGGAAUGACUUUUUAAUUCAGAUGUUUCAUUAUAUUAAGACGUCUUUGGCUCCAUUACCCUGCUAUGUUUACCUUAUUGAGCAUCCUUCUCUCAAAUAUGCAACCACUCGUUCUAUAGCCAAGUAUCCUGUUGGUAUAGAAGUUGGUCCCCAGCCUCAGGGGGUUCUGAGAGCUGAUAUUCUAGAUCAAAUGAGAAAAAUGAUUCAGCAUGCUCUUGAUUUUAUACAUAAUUUCAAUGAAGGAAAAGAAUUUCCUCCCUGUGCUAUUGAAGUCUAUAAAAUAAUGGAGAAAAUUGAUUAUCCCAGGAAUGAAAGUGGAGAAAUUGCUGCUAUUAUCCACCCUAAACUGCAGGAUCAAGAUUGGAAACCCUUGCACCCUGAGGAUCCUGUGUUUUUAACUCUUGAUGGAAAGACUAUUUCAUUGGGUGGAGACCAAACCGUGUACCCAGUGUUUGUAAAUGAGGCCGCAUAUUAUGAGAAGAAAGAAGCUUUUGCAAAGACGACCAAACUAACACUCAAUGCAAACAGUAUUCGCUCCUCUCUACAUUAGAAAUCACUUGUGGCUCACUUGUUAGAGAGCACCUUGAAAAAUUCUGCUACUUUAUAAGCUCUUGAAGAGCAGGAUUGUGCCUUACUCAUCAUCAUUUCCACAGCUCCCAGUGGUGCCUUGAACACAGUGGACAUUCAGGUAAAUUUGUUGAAUGAAUGAAUGUGUUAUUGAAUGCCUUUCACAGGUAUCAUACUUUAUGUAUGUAGCCUAUUCAAAGAAGUGCAUUUCUUAUUUCUCUAUAGCUUUAUAUACCUUAUACUUUGAUAGUUUAACGUUCUUAGUAAACAGCCUUAGAAUUCAAAUUUUAACAUUGAAACAGUCCAUGGGAUUGCAGGGUUGGACACAACUGAGCAACUCAAUACAGCGCAGCACAGAUACUAUAUACAAAAAACUAUUAACUUGAGCAUAGAGUUAAAUACUGUAUGCUUUUAAGUAAUAUAGAAAUACUCCUAGAAACUAAUAGCACAGGCUCACUAUUUUAAAUUUUUUCACAUUUGAAUUAAUGCUAAAGUAUUAAAGUCAAUCAGCAGCAGUUGUGAUAUCUGUAGAUUUUAAAAUGCUCUUAUGACGAUGAAAUGUGAAUGAGAAAUGAGGGCUGAUUGUAAAGGUGACAUUAUGAAUAAAUCAAGAAACCCUGAAUGGUCCUUUGUCCACUAAGAGUCACCCACACAAAGCAUCACAAAGCUUCGCACUCAGGUACGCCCACUUGUUCUGCGCUGACCCCAGGAAGCCAGGAGCCUCCUUCAGACCUCUCACACGCGCCCCCAGAAGCUCAUGUUCUUUCCCAACUUGGAAGGCAUGUCCUUCCCGGCCGUCCCUUCUUACUUUGAAAGAACUCGUUUGUCCUUCUUCCUAACCAAUGUAUAAGAAAGUCUCUGGGCUCCAGCAGUGUAGGUGGUAAAGACAGAGCUGAGGACAGUAGACACUAGUAGAAAUGUGACCCAAACCCGUCUCUGGUUCACAAAUGCAUUCGUUUAAGACAUUCCCUCCUGUCCUAAAUGCCCAAAUCCCCCACCAUCAAGAUCCUUCUCAAAGGUCCUUGGUCUAAUUUUCCACCUCCCUCCCUCUCCAAUCCUUGCAAGAGCCUCCCCUCCCCCAUCUCUUAGGCCAUGGCAGCCAAGUAAAGAACAUUUUAUCCCAUGAUUUACACCCCAAGGAAAUCCAUGUUUACAGUUUCAAAUAUAUUUACAAAAUCAUACUAAUAUUGUCAUUAUCUGUAACAUGUAUAUGUCUAUAUAUACAAUUUCAUUCUUGCAAAACAAAUCCCAUUAAGCCAAUUUCAUUCCAUAUUCAGUGCUCUAUAGCACACAAUUAAACUGCUUUGAAACUCUCAGCAUUUAUUUUUGCACUUUACCAAAAUUAUUUUCUUUGGAAUAGACUCUCUUCCUUCUGAAUUCUUUAGUAAAAAAAAUUUUUUUAUCAAUUGGCUUUUGUAUAUAAUAAGCUUUACCAAACUUCCUUCUCCCACUGUGAAUGUUUCUUUGUGUCCAAUGCACAAGUUCAAUUUUUCUAGGUCAAUUUUUCCAUAUAUAUACUUUGGGAAAAAUACUUUAUUCUCCCAUCAAAUUUUAGUUAGUUACAAAAUUUACAAUGUGCAGUUUAGGCCACUGUGGUUUCAGUUUUUGUAUUGAUUCUUUCUAUCAAGUCUACUUUUCUGUGACUUAAUAUUUAUAGUCUUUAGAGUUUCUAAUUAGAUGUUAUUUUUUUUUAAUCUAUAACAUAUUGCUGUGUGACUUUAGCCACUUUCAAUUUCAUUUUGAUUAUUUCUAACAGUCUACAGACUCGGUUUUCCCAUUUAUAAAAUAGGGAUAUUCAUAAUAAUACUGUCCCUUUCAUGAGAUUGUUGUGAGGAUUAAGUGGGCUAAUGCAUACAAGUACUUACCACGGUGCCUAGCACAGAAUAAUAAAUUAUUCAAGUUGAAAUUUCUAACACAAAAAGCCCUUUAUGAUCUGUCCCACGCUCCCCACAACCUCUCUAGACUCAUCUGCCUUUAGCUCUUCUCUGUUCCAGUCGGCUUUGCGUUGUUUUAUUCCUGUGUGUCUUUACAGAGUUUGGCCCUUCCACCUAGAAUUUUUUUCCUUCCCUUCUCUUCCUCCAUCCUUGACACCCACACCAGACCUCACCUUAUCGAAUUCCUAUUUUUUCUUCAAAAUGCAACUCAAUUCUCAUUUCACCUAUAAAACCUCUCUUGACUCGGCCCUCUGCCCUUCUCUGCUUCUGUCCCAUCUCAAGGAUAUUACCCGUGUCUUUUUCAGUACCUGCAAUCUGGUAAGUGCCCUGUGAGUUUAGCUGAGUAAAUGAGUGUGCUCAGACAUUCCUUCUCUACUGAAACGUCUUCAUGUUCCACCAACGUCUCUGCCUUCUCUUUGCCUUCUUCCCUUCUUUCCCAGUCACUUCCCGAGUAUCUCCUUCACUGUCAGGUGGAAAUCUCUCCAUUCCACACUCCAGCCUGUUACUAUGUCCCAAAUGUUGGCAGAUGGAACAAUACACCCUUUUAAGUCUGCAACCCUACGAGGGGGAAAGGAAGUGUUCAUAUCCAAUAAUACCCUUGUGUGAAACCUUUUAAUGGUUCCCCUAACCCUCAGUAUGAAAUCUCAAAGCCUUCCAAACAGCUGGAGGAGUGCUAUGUGCUCUGGCCUCUGCCUACCUCUCCAGCCCUGUUCCUAGCAAUUUGGCCUUGCAGACUUCUCCAUCUUCAAAUUCACCCUACUACCUUGGGGUCUUUCCUUCUCUCCAUCUAUGGUGCUCAGGUUCAGCUGCCCCAGGGCAUGUGGGAUCUUAGUUCCCUGACCAGGGGUCAAAUCUGCAUCCCCUGCACCAGAAGGCAGAUCCUCAACCACUGGACCAGGAGGGAAGUCCCGAUACUUAUUCUUAAAUGUGAUUCAAGGACUUCCUAGUGGUCCAGUGGCUAAGACUCCACACUCCCAAUGCAGGAUACCCCAGUUUGAUCCCUGAUCUAGGAACUAGAUCCCACAUGCUACAUCUAAAAGAUCGGUGUGUACCACAACUAAGACCCAGUGCAACCAGAAAAAUCUGUUUUAGUGUGACUCGGGCUAGGCUAAUCCACUCUGUUAUACAAGCUCAUUGACACUACUGGACUAGCACAUACCAGCACACACAGAAAACCUGGAUCCUUGGCCUAGGAAAAAGCACUGUGACCUCAACCUGUCAUUCCGUCUCUCUCUAAGUCUCAAAUUCCACAAGUCUCAAUUUUCUCUGUUCUGUUGAAUGGCAAUAGAAUACUCAUCAAACUAUCUACAGAAUUGUGGAUUAAGAUAACCAAUAUGAAUGAAAGCACUUUAUAAAUAGGGAAUUGUACAAUCUCAAAGGCUAAAAAAUUGCAAAAUAUCUUUUGUUUGUUUUUUUUGUGUGUGUGUGUGUAAUAAAGUUUUAUUAAAGUAUAAAGGACAUAGAGAAAGCUUCUGACAUAGGCAUCAGAAGGGGGCAGAAAGAGUACCCACAAAAUAUCUUUUGGAAGGUAAUUUUUCAUAAUAUCAAAAGUCAUAAAACUGUUCAUCCUCCUGACCUAGGCAUCCCACUUUCAGAAUACAUCCUAUGACAGGGCGCUCACGCUUUCUCUAUCAGUCUAUCCAGAAUGUUCCCAUGGAUGGCACAUUCCUAGAUUAUAGACUGAAGCCUGUUUGAAAUAGCAUGUGGAUUAUGUACAAGUCCUAUUUCCUUGCCAGUCAAGAAAACAUAGCCCAGUGAAGGGUGUUAUUCUGGGAAUCAUUUGGAUGACGUAAUGGACCAAAUGCAGCAAAUUGCUUAUUAAUAAAUUGUUUGCAAGUUCUACAACCCUUCAAGACACAGCAGCAUCUUGGCAUUCAAGUUGAGAACUACCAUUCUUUCAAAAUAACUCAGAAGAAUGAAAAAAAUGCAUAUGCAUAUACAUUGGCAAUAAUGAUAGUAAUAAUAUCAUCUCUUUCCUAUCCAUUCCCUUAUUGCCUCCUCAUAAAAAUUCUGUGAGGUAAGCAGGAGGGAUUUCUACUUCCUGGUCUCCAAGCAGAGCCAUGAGUUCAUAUGCAUGCAAAGUGGAGAGCCAGCGAGCAUGAUGGAUGGACCCCCUGCUUGAGGUCAUAUGACCUGAACCUGUAACAUUUUCAGGCUGUGACUCCUUGCGCAUGUCGCUUCAAAUCUCCAGGUCUCCUUUUACUCAAAUUCCUCCCAGUUAUUGAGUGAUUUAGAUGGGGUACUGGAUGUGAUGUACUUUGAGAUGUACAAAGGUGGUACGUCCUAGCACGCUGAGCUGGGACCAAUAAUUGAUUCUUUAAGUCCAAAAAGUGACCUUCCCUUUAUCCACUCAUGUUAAGCAACACCCUAAGAUUUCAGUCAUCAUAGUGGCCCUCCUAAGACAAAGAUAAAACAUGAUCAUAACAAGGCAAAAUAAAUAUUUAUUAGAAAUCAUUAAAGUAUUUCUUCAGUGAUACUAAAAUGUUCUUACUCCACUUAUGACUUCUGUCUUGCACAUAGAGCUUCACACACACAACACUAAAAACAAAGAUGUAAAUGGAGUUUGCAAAGAUGAGGCACAUUCAGUGAGAACAAGGUAACAAUUCUAUGUUUGGGACCAAGAUCACAGUAAAAAAAAAAAAAAGUAAAUCGAUGUAGAGAUCAAGUAUGGCUUACAGGCCCACAUGACGGUCCAUCUAUCUGGCCCCUACCCAGAG